UAUCAAAUGUCAUUUUAGACGGCGAUUGAAUCGCAUUCGGCAAGCAGCACCCGCCGCAACAAGCAGCCCGACAACGCAUACGGCGUCGAAGGCUACAUUUCAUCAAGAAGAUCGGGGCUAGAUAUGGCACUGAUGAGAUGGAUGGCAACUCUGGGAUUCGGAUGAUGACAGUGUCUUAUCUAUCCGUCUUUGCAGACAUUCUCCCAAUAUGUCCGCUCAAAUCAGCAAAAAGCGCAAGUUCGUAGCUGACGGUGUCUUCCGCGCCGAACUCAAUGAAUUCUUCACUCGCGAACUCGCUGAGGAGGGUUACUCUGGAUGUGAUGUCCGUGUCACCCACGCCCGCACCGAGAUUAUUAUCCGUGCCACACACACCCAAGAGGUCCUUGGUGAGAAGGGCCGCCGCAUCAGGGAGUUGACCGCGCUCGUCCAGAAGCGUUUCAAGUUCCCCGAAAACUCACUUGAGCUCUACGCUGAGAAAGUACAAUACCGCGGUCUUUCUGCUAUUGCUCAGUGUGAGAGUUUGAGAUACAAGCUGCUUGGUGGUCUCGCUGUCCGCAGGGCAUGUUAUGGUGUCCUUCGCUUCGUCAUGGAGUCUGGUGCAAAGGGUUGCGAAGUGGUUGUUUCCGGAAAGCUUCGUGCUGCUCGUGCCAAGUCGAUGAAGUUCACCGAUGGAUUCAUGAUCCACUCUGGUCAGCCUUCGCGAGACUUCGUUGACUAUGCCGUGAGACACGUCCUGCUCCGUCAGGGUGUCCUUGGUAUCAAAGUUAAAAUCAUGAAGGGCUAUGACCCCGAAGGUCAAUUGGGCCCUCGCAAGCCCCUCCCAGACUCUGUCCAGAUUCUCGAACCCCCUCUCGACAAGAUUGUCUCAGAACCUUCCUCAGAGUCAAGAGAACCUGCUGUUGUUUCCGCUCCACCCCCCGCUGCAGAGGAGCCUGCUCCGUAUGCACAAGAGCCGGCUUAUCAACAGGAGGCGUAUGGCGAACAGCCUGCAUUCUGAUCUUCUAUUUAGAUCUUUUCUUCAUCCACAAAAUAUGUACUCGCUACACCAUUGCAACAUGUUA